GAUAGAAGGAGGAUCGUCGAUAAGGAAAGGGUUUCUUCUAUCUCAGCCAUAAAUAAUAAUAGGAACAAUGAGCUUGUCCCUGAGAGACAAUAUAGUCCCUGAACCCUCCAACAGCAGCUCCAUUGUACCCGCUGACAUUCUGAGCCAGAUACACAUUGGCGUCAUUAUAGCUGUAACUGUAGUGGUGGUCACCAUUUUCCUCGCCGUUUAUGUUCAGUUGAUGCUGGUUGUCUGUUAUGGCUACAAACUGAUCUCUUAUCAAACUGUCUUCCUUUUUAAUAUACUAUUGUGGUCGUCACUUCGACUCACGCUCUAUUCUUUCUAUUAUUAUCAUUGCUGUGAACUUGCUAAUAAUCUUUCCUCUUUUCCAAAUUGGCUGCUGUUAUCUGCCCCAUCUAUCUUUCUUUUUGUUUCUCUUGCUCUCCUUGUACAUUACUUUAUGGAACAUUUGGUAAAAGUGGUUGAAAGGCGGCAAGAGACAUUUUAUUUGAAUCCUUCAUACAGAAGAGUACACUUAUCAAGACUGAUAGGCACAGGUCUAUGGAUAUUGUCACUUGUUCUUUUUAUUUCUAUUAACAUUGUCCUUGGAAUCUUUCUUAACAUAUACACUAACACUAGCAAUCAGGACAUUUCCUCUGAUAGUACUCUCCUCAAGUCUCUCAGGAUCUCUCGUAUUGUCAUUCUGGAGGGACUCAUGCUCUUGAUGGGACUAGCCCUGGGUAUUUUCAUUAUUGUGAUUUAUACCACCAGAGCAGGCAAGGACAUAAUGGAAUCUAAGCAGGUCUCCAAAAAGCAAGCAAUCUUCAUAUCAGCUCUCCUUAUUUUGCUAUUCUCUUCGCGAGCUAUCUAUAACAUUGUCGCCGUAGCUAUCCAGUCGUCAAAUGUGAAACCUUUUGAUUACAGCAACACUCUCACAACGAACAUGGCCGAUUUUGAUGAGCACUCUUCUAAAGAAAGUGAUAUUGUUUAUUUCUGUGUGUUGCUGCUGUGGGAAGUGAUACCAAUUUGUUUGAUCGUUAUCUUCUUUCGUAUCAGAAGACCUUCUACACUCAAAUUAUUAAGCUCACAGUCAGAGUCCAACGGAGGAGCAUCUCGUCAUUUCUUUAAUUACUCAAACGGGUCCAGUUUUAGAAGUAGCUUGAGUGCUGGGACUUCACUCCUCAGAUCAAGCCAUGUCUCAAUACCAAGUCUGCCUGAUCCUCCUUAUUCUUCCAGAGGAGGAGGAGGAGGGCCGAAGACACUUGGAGGUGUAGGAGGGAGAGGGUAUGGCUCCACGGCCAGUAACCCCAAGAGCCAUUAUAGUGCUCCUACUAAGUACAGCAUUAACAAUGGAGGCUCACACUCUUUCAUGCCUGGUACGACACCGCCUCAGCUCUUUACUGGUAGCCCAACUCUGUUUGGUGAGAUCUCAACUCGAAAUACAUAAUGCAACUAUUAUUAUUGUUGUUAUUGUUAUUGUGUUAUUAUUGCUAUUAUUAUUAUUAUUAUUAUUAUUAUUAUUAUUAUUAUUAUUAUUAUUAUUAUUAUUAUUAUUUACUCCUAUUAUUCCACUUCCUUCAUUCAGCUGGGUGUUGUAGUCCAGUAAUUAUAUUAUAUUAUUUUUGUAUUUUUCGUGUAUCUCUAUUUGUAUUGAUGAUCAUGAAAGAAAAAAAGUAA